CAGAUCACAUUUUGGCAUGUGCACGGCAUCUUCACCAUCAUCAAUGAUACAUAGGUACUUAGGUACCUACAUACAACACCUGGGGAAUUAGGUACCUUAGUGGGCCUUCAACCUUAUUUUGUGUUCUCAUUCAGCUUCUAUGGGACUCAUCGUAAUGCUGAUGUAGUAUUGUUGCUAGGCUAUUGUUGCUAGGCAUCGAGAUUCUAUAAGUCGAUUAAAUACGCGAAUCCUGUACAACUUUUGCCAUGUCUAAUACAGCACCGUCAAGUGCUGGAGGUGCAUCUGGCAAUAACUUCACCCCCCAACCGCAGCCGUCAACUACGACUCCCGGUGCUGUUAGCAACCCCGCCACUACAUCAGCUUCUACGGCAACUGGCAGUAGCAACCAGAAUCUCAAUCAAAUCGUAAGCCGUAACUUUUCUUUUCAAUUCUUUUCCUUCUUUCAACAAACUUUCACUCUUCAAGGUCACUAUUUCCUUCAAGUUUCGCACCCCAUCUUCGUCACCAGCUUCUUGAAGCAAGCUGUUCCAUCACUACAAACAUUCUUCUCUCAUCUCUUGUAUUUUCCAUUAAUAGGUAAUUACCAAAUUACCACUUAAUGCCUAUUUAUCUCGUGCUAGCCCGCAAUUACAACGCGCGCGCGAACAUACCGGUUUAUUAAAUCUGGAUUAUCAUUCAGACCACUUUCUAUUUACAUUCAUA